AUGCACCGUUUGGCGGACAUUCAAACAAAGUCACGCUUGACUGCUCCCGUCAAAACGAGCCGAACGAGCAGAGAAACGGAGCAACCUUCUGCCUCCUCCACCGGCUCGACUACAGCCUCCGCCAAUUUGGUACCCGCUUCAAGGCAUCAGCCUCGCGACACGGUUGUCAACACGAGACGUGCACAAUUUGUCACCGUCUCGGGCAUUUUAUUGCUCUGCUUGCAGAAGCAAGCAGAAGAGGCCAUAGUUUCCGGCCAAACCGAAAUGGUACCACCUUCGUGA